AAUUUGUUUUGACAAUAAAUGCGUCAAUAGGUGGGGGAAGGGACAACUUUCCUAAUUAAUGCAAUUUGCAAAUAAUUAAUGAAUACGUAAUACGUACUGUUUUCAUCAAAAUUAUAACACACGUAAAUUGCAAGAAACUGCAAUACAAUACAAUACACAACCAUAUAUACCUGCUAAAAUAUGUCCACUUUCUGUAAUAAACUAUGAAGUAUCGCUCCAUAAUAGAGCGCUUUAUAAACUGCUGAAAUUCAUUUUUAAUUGUGCUUGCAAGCCACCGUGUGAAAACUGUUUCGAUGAUACUUGAAAGAAACAUAAAACCUCACGUUCGCGGGGAGUGAUCUCAUACAUUAAAACAGCAGUCCGCUGUGGCAACGUCGGGUGACGACAGGAAAACAUAGUUUUAUCGUGCGUUCAUAACAAGUGAGCUUAUCGGGUCGGAAGCGGCAGUAUUGUAUGUGGAGCAACUGUGGCGCUAUUUGACUCUUUCUUUAGCCGGCUAUUUUACGAGUCCCAGUUAAAUGUUAAUGCAGUGCUGGACGGAAGUCCGUUGAACUCGGUUCUCUCGUGGAUCGAUCUGGAAUAAUGUCGCAUUUCAUAAAGUUGUUAACUUUAGCUUUUCUUCUAAUUAAUUCAGCACAAGGGAGGGAUGAUGUCACUGUACUGACUGUUGCCACUGAUGACAAUCAUGGCUUGGAAAGAUUCCUGAGAUCAGCUAAGGUAUAUAAUAUUGAUGUGGAGGUUCUGGGCAAGGGUGAGAAAUGGACCGGUGGGGACAUGAACCAUCCUGGAGGAGGGCAGAAGAUCAACUUACUCAAGAAAAAGUUGGAGGAAGUGGCCAAAAAUGAUCCUGAAAACAAAAUUGUCUUGUUUACAGACAGUUAUGAUGUGAUGUUCUUGGGUGAAAUAGAAGAAAUUGUGAAAAAAUUCAAAUCAUUCCCUGACACACGGAUUCUUUUCUCCGCUGAACAAUUUUGUUGGCCAGACAGCAAACUAGCUUCACAAUAUCCAAACACAGAAGUGGCCAACCCAUAUCUUAAUUCUGGUGGAUUUAUAGGUUAUCUGCCAGAAGUAUUGGAAAUGGUUAUCUACAAAACAAUAAAUGAUAAAGAUGAUGAUCAAUUAUAUUAUACCAAAAUUUACUUAGAUAAGAAUUUGCGAGAAUCACUCAAAAUAUCAUUGGACCACAACUCAGUUAUAUUCCAAAACUUGCAUGGAGCCCUGUCUGAUGUCCAACUGAAAGCAAAUAGUACAGACGACUGGCCCUACAUUGAAAAUGAAGUCACCAAGCAAAGGCCUCUCAUAGUACAUGGGAAUGGAUUAUCUAAAAUAACUUUAAACCAUUAUGGAAACUAUUUGGCAAAAUCAUGGUCUCCUAAAGAAGGAUGCGCUUUGUGUAAAGACAAGAAGAUAGAACUCCAGGAUGAUGCGCUGCCCACUGUUAUGAUGGCUGUAUUUAUUGAACAACCUACACCAUUCAUGGAAGAGUUUUUGGAACAAAUACAUGACACUGAUUAUCCGAAAGAAAAAAUACAUCUGUUUUUGAGGAAUAAUGUUGAAUAUCAUGAAGCAGAUGUUGACAAGUUCUUCCAGGAACAUUCAAAAGAAUACGCAUCGGCGAAACGUAUCAAGCCUAGCGAUUUUAUGUCUGAGCCUGAAGCCAGGAAUAUUGCUAAGGAGCGUUGCAUCAACAGCAUGUGCGACUAUCUAUUCUCAGUGGACAGCGUGUCACGACUAAACAAGAAUACGCUGCGAUACUUGCUGUCUUCGGGCUAUGACGUCAUAGCGCCCAUGUUGGUACGCCCCGGUCAAGCCUGGUCCAACUUCUGGGGAGCCCUUAAUUCAGCAGGAUUCUACGCCAGGUCCUCUGACUACAUGGACAUUGUUUAUGAAGUUAUCAAAGGUAUAUGGAAUGUGCCGUUCAUCACUAAUUGCUAUUUGAUGAAGAUAUCUGUACUGAAAACUCCGGCGACCAAAUCCGUGUCGUUUUCAAAGGAAGGACUUGAUGCCGAUAUGGCGUUUUGUGCUAGUUUGAGAGAUCAUGGUAUCCACAUGCACGUAAGCAACGAGCAUUACUUCGGCCAUCUUGUAAACCCGGAGUCGUACGACGUGACACGAACCAACCCUGACUUGUACCAGCUGUUGGACAACAAGCUGGAGUGGGACAACCGGUACCUACACGAGGACUAUCUCAAAAACUUCGAAGAAGGCCAAAAACCGUUGAUGCCCUGCCCCGACGUGUAUUGGUUCCCGUUGAUGUCACCGAGGUUCUGCAGCGAGUUCAUUGAGAUCAUGGAAAAUUUCGGAAAAUGGAGUGACGGUUCUAACCAGGAUAAGCGUUUGGAAAGCGGAUACGAGGCGGUGCCGACGCGAGACAUCCACAUGAACCAGGUCGGGCUGGAGCGGCACUGGCUUCACAUCCUGAAGGAAUACGUGCGCCCGCUGCAGGAGAUGGUCUUCACUGGAUACUACCACAAUCCGCCAGUGUCCCUGAUGAACUUCGUGGUGCGCUACCGGCCCGACGAGCAGCCCUCGCUGCGGCCUCACCACGACUCCUCCACUUACACCAUCAACUUGGCGCUAAACACACCCAACGUGGACUACGAGGGCGGCGGGUGUCGGUUCAUCCGGUACGACUGCUCGGUGCGCGACACCAAGCUGGGCUGGCUGCUGAUGCACCCGGGCCGCCUCACGCACUACCACGAGGGGCUGCUCGUCACCAACGGCACUCGCUACAUCAUGGUCUCAUUCGUCGACCCCUGAACCACUUGCGCUACGUGUGCUGCAAUAACAAUGUAUCAUCCUGUACAUACAUGGCAUCAAUAAAUUUAUGUACAAUCGUUUACGACAUUCAGUAUUUAUGGUUCGCUGCCAAUGAAGAUACUGAAAAUAAUGUUGUUAAUUUAUCGCUGUAUUGCAUUUAAGUAAUAAUCUCUCAACAUUUUAUAGUAAGGAAAAUAAAUAAUUAAAAUAAUUAUAGUUUAUUGACAUGUGAUUAGCAAGUAGUUACAUUAUGUUCAAACACUUUUGUACUCAAUAAUCAAUAUGUUACUAAUAUAAUAGGAUAAAACCAAAGAUUUCAUUCAUGAUCAAUGUGACAUUGUAACUGAAAUAAAUUUCCUACUUUGA